CUCUUUGUUUAAACUAUUAGGAGCAAAGCUCUGGACAAGGGAAAACAAUCGAAGUGGAUCCCCGGUUCACAGCUGUAAUGCCUGGAGAAUCCAGAGGACGUAAUCUUCUCAACGAGGAAAUUUUCCAGAUCAUUUAUCAAGUGUUUAAGGUUGGACUGUAGUUCCCCAAGCGCCGGAGUUGAAGGAAAUUGAAGGGAAGAGAGAGACUAUUGAUGAAGGCAAGAACUGUGGCUGAUGGGCGUUUGACAAAUGAAAUGGAUUCCAACGGCAAAGAGAUUAGAAAUUUUGAUCAUGUGUUUUCCCAAUUUGCAUACAAGGGCAAUCAUGGUGAGGAAAAUGUCUUGAACAAAAGUGAAACUGUGAGCAAAAAGAAUGGAAAGAGGAGGAUAGCUGAUGUGCAAGUACGAAAGGUUUCACCGUAUUUUCAAGCAAGUGGAAAAAAACAUAACAGCUUAACUGGCAACUGCGGAGGACAGCUCAAUUUGAUUUCGCAAGUUUUGUACGAGGAUAGUAGUAAGGAAAAGCUUUUGAUGGAAGGGGAAAACAUCAGCAAACAGAAUGGAAAGAACAGGAUAACAGAGGAAACGUUUUUGAAUGAAGGGGAAAAUGUAAGCAAAAAGAAUGGAAAGAAGAGGAGAACAGAGGAAAAGUUUUUGAAGGAAGGGGACAAUGUUUGCAAUCAGAAUGUAAAGAAGAGGGGAGGGGAUGUGCAAGUUCGAAAGGUCUCUCCGUAUUUCCAGUCAAGUAAAGAAAAACAAGGCAGGACAAAUGGGAAUUGCAGAACAAAAUCCAGAGUAUUGAAACAGUCCCCUUAUUUUCAGAAGAGCAAUGAAACUUUGGAUGGCUUGAGAAAACCAAGGAAGACAGAUGGAGUUAAAACUUUUCUUUCUGCUUCUCAGAAAAGAGAUGAGGCUUACCGACGAAAAACUGAAGAUAAUACAUGGAUCCCUCCUCGCUCUGAAGCCCCACUUCUGCAGGAGGAUCAUGCACAUGACCCCUGGAGGGUCUUGGUUAUAUGCAUGCUUCUCAAUAGAACAUAUGGCGGCCAGGCUAGAAAAGUAUUAUCCGAAUUCUUCACCCUGUGCCCUGAUGCAAAGACAGCUACCGAGGUUGCUACUGAGGAGAUAGAAAAGGCUAUAAAAACUCUUGGUUUGCAAAAACGGGCAGAGAUGAUACAACGAAUGUCUCAGGAGUAUUUAUGGAACGAAUGGACUUAUGUGACUGAGCUGCAUGGUGUUGGAAAGUAUGCUGCAGACGCAUAUGCGAUAUUCUGCACUGGAAAAGGGGAUAGAGUAACUCCCACCGAUCACAUGCUUAACCAUUAUUGGAACUUUCUCUAUGGACCCAAGAAUACUCCUCUCUAGAUAAGGUUAGAUGUUCUUUUCGAUAAAAAAAUGGUCUGUGAUUAGGGUUACGUAAAUUACUGAAGUUAUUCUAACUUUGAGUAAUUUUAUAUCGGUUCAAUGGAAGAUUAUGAAGAGUGUCUAUAUAUGCCCCUUCAUGUUAUCUUCAUUUAAUUAUUGAAGUUAAGAUUUAAAACAGACGUACAAUUAUCGUCAUCUAGUUUAUGUUUGUGUUGAC